AUGGCCCCAUCACCGCUCGAUGAGGGUGAGGGGCCCUUUCCCCCUUCCCACUAUCUCUCCCUCCACGGCUCCCUCGUAUCAACGGAGUCGCCACCUCUUGCGCAACCAUCCAACCCGUCGGCUGCCGUUCACGCGUUUGGAUCAAGGGAGUACAGUGGAUCUGGCACUGCACUCCUAAUGGGCGCCAUCCUUCUUCUUCCGUCACACUGUCCUAAGGAUCACUGA